AUGUCUCCUAAAGAUCUUUUCACCAAAUAUUUCCCAAGGCGGAAGAAGCAAAAAAACACUGAAAAGUCAGAGCCAACACCUGACGAACCUAUACCAAGACGCGCCUAUACAGCCCCAGCACAUACACAGAAGACACCUACAAAUAAGGUAGGCUCUACUGGGCCUCCACGGGGAAGAUAUCAUGUCCCAGCUACUGCUGAUGGCAGAAACUAUCCUGCUGGAAACAUGUAUGGAGGAGUCUCGGAUGACACAGUUGGCAACAGUCACAGUCAUGGGCACAGGGAUAGAGGGCAUUGGGGAUGGGGAGGAGUAGAAGAUGGUUCAGGCAGCGGCGGUCAUAGUUAUGGGGGUCACGGAGACCAUGGAGGCAGCAGCAGCGGAGGAGGAUGCAGUGAUUCGGGCGGAGGAAGCGGAGGAGGAGAUAGUGGUGGAAGCAGUGGAGGUGGUGAUGGUGGAGGAGGAGGCGGUGGAGGAGGAGGUGAUUAG